GCCGGGCCCCGCCCCCCGCCGAGUGCAUGAGGUUGACGCUACUUUGUUGCACCUGGAGGGAAGAACGUAUGGGAGAGGAAGGAAGUGAGCUGCCCGUGUGUGCGAGCUGCGGCCAGAGGAUCUAUGACGGCCAGUACCUCCAGGCCCUGAGUGCUGACUGGCACGCAGACUGCUUCAGGUGUUGUGAGUGCAGUGCCCCCCUUUCACACCAGUACUAUGAGAAGGAUGGGCAGCUCUUCUGCAAGAGAGACUACUGGGCCCGCUAUGGAGAGUCCUGCCACGGGUGCUCAGAGCACAUCACCAAGGGACUGGUCAUGGUGGCCGGGGAGCUGAAAUACCACCCCGAGUGCUUCAUCUGCCUCACGUGCGGGACCUUCAUCGGUGACGGGGACACCUACACGCUCGUGGAGCACUCCAAGCUGUACUGUGGGCACUGCUACUACCAGACCGUGGUGACCCCCGUCAUCGAGCAGAUCCUGCCCGACUCCCCCGGCUCCCGCCUGCCCCACACAGUUACCCUCGUAUCCAUCCCAGCCUCGGCUCAUGGCAAACGUGGCCUCUCAGUCUCCAUCGACCCCCCCCACGGCCCGCCAGGCUGCAGCACGGAGCACUCCCACACCGUCCGGGUCCAGGGGGUGGACCCAGGCUGCAUGAGCCCAGACGUAAAGAAUUCCAUCCACGUUGGAGACCGGAUCCUGGAAAUCAAUGGCACACCCAUCCGGAAUGUGCCCCUGGAUGAGAUUGACCUGCUGAUCCAGGAAACCAGCCGUCUGCUGCAGCUAACCCUCGAGCACGACCCCCACGACACACUGGGCCAUGGGCCAGGGCCUGAGCCCAGCCCCCUGAGCUCCCCAACUCACACUCCCAGUGGGGAGGUGGGCAGCUCUACACGGCAGAAGCCUGUCCUGAGGAGCUACAGCAUCGACAGGUCUCCCGGAGCCGGCUCCCUGAGCUCCCCGGCCUCCCAGCGCAAGGACCUGGGGCGCUCCGAGUCCCUGCGCGUGGUCUGCCGGCCACACCGCAUCUUCCGGCCGUCGGACCUCAUCCACGGGGAGGUGCUGGGCAAGGGCUGCUUUGGCCAGGCCAUCAAGGUGACGCACCGGGAGACGGGCGAGGUGAUGGUGAUGAAGGAGCUGAUCCGAUUCGACGAAGAGACCCAGAGAACAUUCCUCAAGGAGGUGAAGGUCAUGAGAUGCCUGGAGCACCCCAAUGUGCUCAAGUUCAUCGGGGUGCUCUAUAAGGACAAGAGGCUCAACUUCAUCACCGAGUACAUUAAGGGGGGCACCCUCCGGGGCAUCAUCAAGAGCAUGGACAGCCAGUACCCGUGGAGUCAGAGGGUGAGCUUUGCCAAGGACAUCGCUUCAGGGAUGGCCUACCUUCACUCCAUGAAUAUCAUCCACCGGGACCUCAACUCCCACAACUGCCUGGUCCGAGAGAACAAGAACGUGGUGGUGGCUGACUUCGGGCUGGCCCGGCUCAUGGUGGAAGAGAAGACGCAGCCCGCGGACCUGCGAAGCCUCAAGAAGCCAGACCGUAAGAAGCGAUACACGGUGGUGGGUAACCCGUACUGGAUGGCGCCGGAGAUGAUCAACGGCCGCAGCUACGACGAGAAGGUGGACGUGUUUUCCUUUGGAAUUGUUCUGUGCGAGAUCAUUGGGCGGGUGAACGCGGACCCCGACUACCUGCCCCGCACCAUGGACUUCGGCCUCAAUGUGCGAGGCUUCCUGGACCGCUACUGCCCCCCGAACUGCCCGCCGAGCUUCUUCCCCAUCACCGUGCGCUGCUGUGAUCUGGACCCUGAGAAGAGGCCCUCCUUCGGGAAGCUGGAGCAGUGGCUGGAGACCCUCCACAUGCACUUGGCCGGCCACCUGCCGUUGGGCCCGCAGCUGGAGCAGCUGGACAAGGGCUUCUGGGAGACCUACCGGCGAGGCGAGAGCGGACUGCCUGCGCACCCCGAGGUCCCCGACUGAGCCCGGCCCACCCAGCCGCCCCCAUAUCCCCACCGCCGGCACCGCACUCCUCUGCGGGUCCUGGCGGGGGGCAGAGCCCCCAGCUGGGCGGCAGGCACCCAGACUCCUCCCUGGCACCGGGCCCUGCCUUGCCUUCUCCUCCCCUGGGGCCGCGCCCGGAGCUGGCCUGGCUCCACACACAGUCACCUCGCCCUGCCUUACCUCCGCCCUUACCUCCGCCGUGGCGGGGCCGCCCCCUCGCUUCUCCUUGCAUGAGCCGGAGGGCCUGCGUGAGUCCCGCCCCAUCCUGCCCCCUUCCGCCCACCCCCGCAGCCGUCCUGUGCACCCCCACCCGUCUGCAGCGCCUCUGAGGCUGGACUGGUAGACGCCUCCGACCGCCCGGUACCGGCUAGGUAGGCAGGGGAGGGCAUGGAGUGAGGGAGAGGCCGUGCUGCUGGGGUGUGUCGCCCCCGGGGGUGUCUCGUAGCUGGAGGUAUCGAUAAUUACCAAACCCCCAGUGUCGCCCCCGGGGGUGUCUCGUAGCUGGAGGUAUCGAUUACCAAACCCCCAGACGCAGAGAGGUCUGUCCCUGCAGGAUGGAAACCCCCGGUAGCUCAGCCGCAGGCCUCUCUUGGCUUUGGGUCUCUUCGUUUCUUUCUUGAAGCCACUUUAGUGAGAAGCAGGUACCAGGCCUCAGGGUGAAGGGAGGGUCCGCUGGGGCACAGGGGAGUCGGGGCCCCGGGUCAGAGCUGCUGGGCGGAGCCACAGAGGGACGCUGGGCGGAGCGGACGAGGCAGGUGUCCACCAGCAUCCCCGCCGCCGCAGUUCAUCUCAGUACCCCCGCUCCUCCCCAGGUGUCUCCCUCCCCCGCCGUGGCCCUCUGUCCUCUGGGUUCUUUCUGUGUAAUCUAUUUUUUAAGAAGAAUUUGUAUUAUUUUUUCAUACGGCCGUAGCAGCUGCUGUCCGGGGGGGCUUGGGGUUUUAUUUUUCUGGCGGGCGGGGGUGGGGGAGCCAUUUUGUCACUUCGCCUCAGUUGAGCAUCUAGGAAGUAUUAAAACUGUGAAGCCUUCUCAGUGCACUUUGAACCUGGAAAACAAUGCAAACAGGCCCAUGGCACUACGAGGCCAGGACGGGGGACACGUCCCCUCUGUCCGGGAACCGUGAUGUCAAAGGAACACGCAUCCAGAUUCAGAACAAUAAAAUAAAUUCCAUAC